UAUAGUGCAAACUGUAGUGAAGUACUUGAGUAAAUGUACUCAGUUACUGUGCUGCUGGUGACAGACUCAUCACGGAUCAGUCCGCGCUGCGCUGCGUCUGGAGACGGAAACGUGGAAAUGUGGAAAUAAGGCGCGCGUCUCCCAGAGCUCCUGGACUGAAAUGUGAAUUCUGAAACGGUGAUUUUAUGAAGAUGGACCUGUCCUGGGUGAACUCCUCCUCCUCCUCCUCCUCCUCCUGGAGAGCGGAGUCGGUGCUGAUCUCUGUGGGCUUCUCUCUGAUCUUCGUGCUGGGUGCGGUGGGGAACUCUCUGGUUCUGGCGGUUCUCUUCCGGAACGGACAGAUGAACUCUAAGACCACCAACCUGUUCAUCCUGAACCUCGGGCUGGCGGACCUCAGCUUCAUCGUGUUCUGCGUGCCCCUGCAGGCCACCAUCUACACCCUGGACCAGUGGCUGUUCGGCCCCGUGCUCUGCAAGGUCCUGCACUUCAUCAUCUUCCUCACCAUGUACGCCAGCAUCUUCACCCUGACGGCCGUGUCCCUGGACAGGUAUCUGGCCAUCUGCUACCCGCUCCGCUCCCGAGAGAUGAGAACCCCGAGGAACGCCCUGGCCUCCAUCGGCCUGGUCUGGGCGCUGGCGCUGGUUUUCUCGGCGCCGUACCUCAGCUACUACUCCCAGGUGAGCCUGUCGGGCGCCGUGGUGUGUCUUCCUGCCUGGGAGUCCCGGCCGCGCCUCAUCAUGGACGUGUGCACCUUCGUCUUCGGCUACCUCGUCCCGGUCCUGGUGCUGGGCCUCACCUACGCCCGCACCAUCCGCUACCUGUGGACCAGCGUGGACCCCGUGAAGGACGUGUCCGAGUCGCGGCGGUCCAAUCGUAAAGUCACCAAGAUGAUCCUGGUGGUGGCGGCUCUGUUCUGCCUCUGCUGGCUCCCCCACCACCUGGUCAUCCUCUGCAUGUGGUUCGGACGCUUCCCGCUCAACCACGCCACCUACGUCCUCCGCAUCCUGUCCCACCUGGUGGCCUACACCAACUCCUGCCUCAACCCCAUCGUCUACGCCCUCGUCUCCAAGCACUUCCGCAAAGGCUUCAGGAAGGUGUUCAGCUGCUCGCUGAGCAGGAGGGAGGUCAACAAGGUGCACGUGGUCCAGGUGGUGAACACGGUCAGCAGCGGGGAGACGUCCAACUGA